AUGGCAGGGUUAUUGAAGAAGUAUGGCAUCAUCCAUAAAGUGGUCACGGCAUACCAUCCUCAAACAAACGGCCAAGCCGAGGUCUCCAAUCAAGAAAUCAAGCGCAUAUUGGAAAAGGUUGUGAAGCCUCACUGGAAAGAUUGGAGUUCUAAGCUCGGCGAUGCAUUUUGGGCUUAUCGUACGGCAUACAAAAUGCCAAUUGGUAUGAGCCCGUUCCGGUUGGUUUAUGGGAAGGCUUGCCACCUUCCAGUGGAGAUAGAGCAUAAAGCAUAUUGGGCUGUAAAAGAGUGCAACACAGGGUUUGGGGUUGGAGUCAAAAGGAAACUACAAUUGGUGGAGCUUGAGUGCUUUGGAUUGGAAGCUUAUGAGAAUUCAAGGCUUUACAAGGAGAAGAUGAAAGGGUGCAUGACCAACACAAAAAAAGGAGAGAGUUUAGAGCCGGAGAACUAG